GCCCGGUCGCUUCUCCCGCGUCCGCCAUUUUGUUGCUGUGGCUAUUGGGAACGGGUAGGGUAGGACGGUCCGGGAGGCGCGACUGUUGUUGGAGUGCGGUGCUUCGUGUGACGGCGAGGAACCGUGCGGGCUCUUGAGGCUGCGGAGCCGGCGGCUUCCAGGACAGAAGUCGCUGGAUCCUACUCCGGACAGCUGAGAAGCCCGAGGCGGCCUCUGCUACUGCUCUGUUUCGCCCACCUCGACCCAGGGGUUUUGCCCACUGUUCCCGGACCGGCUCUCUCCGAGAGGCGGCCCUGUGCAGGAGGGCGGUGGCGGAGGAUGCUGCGGGGCCCGGAGCCUAGAGGAACGUCCUGACCAAGCCCUCUGAUUGUUCCUCGAAGUGUUCGAGAAGAGGCCCUUCCUCGACCCCAAAGCCGACAGCGGGUAAAGGCUUCCAGAGCAAGCGAGAGCAGCAGACGCCGCCCAUCCCCGGGCCCAACACCAUGUCCUCCGCCAGGUUUGAUUCUUCAGACCGUUCUGCCUGGUACAUGGGGCCAGUGUCUCGCCAGGAGGCGCAGACCCGUCUCCAGGGCCAGCGCCAUGGCAUGUUCCUAGUCCGGGACUCAUCUACCUGCCCUGGGGACUAUGUACUGUCCGUGUCCGAGAACUCGCGUGUCUCGCACUACAUCAUCAACUCCCUGCCCAACCGCCGCUUUAAGAUCGGGGACCAGGAGUUUGACCAUUUGCCGGCCUUGCUGGAGUUCUACAAGAUCCACUACCUGGAUACUACCACCUUAAUCGAACCAGCGCCCAGGUACCCCAACCCACCAAUGGGUUCUGUCUCAGCACCCAACUUAUCUACAGCAGAAGAAAAUCUGGAAUAUGUACGGACUCUGUAUGAUUUUCCUGGGAAUGAUGCUGAAGACCUACCCUUUAAAAAGGGUGAGCUUCUAGUGAUAAUAGAAAAGCCUGAAGAACAGUGGUGGAGUGCCCGCAACAAGGACGGCCGGGUUGGGAUGAUUCCUGUCCCUUACGUUGAAAAGCUUGUGAGGUCCUCACCACAUGGAAAGCAUGGAAAUAGGAAUUCUAACAGUUAUGGCAUCCCAGAACCUGCUCACGCAUAUGCUCAACCUCAGACCACAACUCCUCUACCUACAGUUGCCAGUACUCCUGGGGCAGCGAUCAACCCUUUGCCAUCCACACAGAAUGGACCUGUCUUUGCAAAAGCAAUCCAGAAGAGAGUACCUUGUGCUUAUGACAAGACUGCCUUGGCAUUGGAGGUUGGUGACAUUGUGAAAGUCACAAGGAUGAAUAUCAAUGGCCAGUGGGAAGGCGAGGUGAAUGGGCGCAAGGGGCUUUUCCCCUUCACACAUGUUAAAAUCUUUGACCCUCAGAACCCCGAUGAUAACGAGUGAUUGCUGUGCUGUCCCUGCUGCUGCCUCCUUCUGCCUGUCAGUCUUCUUUGAAGUGGGAAGCACUCUGUCACAUGCAAGUUACACCAAGCUGCUGGUGGCCGACUUUCAUAUGUUGGCAGUCCCUGCACCUGCGGAAUGCCUCAGCAGCAGCCUCGGCAUUUGUAUCAUAGUCAUGCUGUCAAAGAGUAGCUGAUUUAGAGUUCUUGUGGAUUAUGAGCUGGAAACACUGGCGGAAGCACCCAGUAGAGAGAAUUUAACCUAGAAAGGGUCUUCCUUCUCAUCACUGCCUUGUUUGUACUGGAGGCCAAUGGUCGUGCUCGCCAGAGAGAGUGAGCCUGCUGGUGGUCUACAUGGAGAUGGUGAGGCUUAGCAAGAUCUCGCUGUUGCUGGUUCACAGAACAGUGGCUUUGCCACCAACUUGAUAUUCUUUGGACAACAGAGGAAGUAAAACUCCAGACAAUUCUGUCCGAACUCCUGAAGUGUCUGGCUUGUUUUCAUUUUCUUUUGUUUAGUUUUGUUUUUGGAAGACUAAUUAAAUAUAGUUGUGUGUUCUGAACAGAUUUUUAAAUAGUAGGUUGGAUUUUUGUGAUGGGCUAAGGAACAAUCCAUGUCCCUGAGCUUCCAAACUGAAGCCGCUGUAUGUAACUAAAAAUGUGUGAAGACACCCUGAAGUGAGGCCUUUAUCUUUUGGUUGCCAUAAUACCUUGUUUACCAUGUGGCAAACAGUGUACACAAGCAGCAUUUGCUGUGUGCCGUGCUGUGAAUCACCAAGGUGGGGUGUGGGCCUGUUGUCAUUGUUGCCUCUGACAGGAGCAAACAGGGUGGACCCCUUCAGUGAGCACACCCCUUUGAGAACACAGUGAAGCCCAUGGGCUUACUAGAUUCAUGAGUUAAAUUGCGUUGCCAUGUUCUGCCACACAGGCUCCUCAGCCCUUCCUGCACUGACCUAUCUUGUCCAGGCUGCCCGAGAGUGGUGGCUGUUCUGGUUCUGCAGAACCAGAAUACAGUGCUUCUGAGCAAAAGAAGAUGCCCAUCGACCAUGAGCCACUUUCCUGCAUGUCAGCUAGUACAGAUGUGUGUCUGACCCCUCAUACACACAUCUAGACCAGAGUUCUAGAACCUUCUCUAGUGUGCUCUGUUCAGCUAGACCCUGACGAGGACAAGCCUCCACCCAGCGCAGCAGACUCAGAACAGUGGUUAUUACUGAGUGGCUCCAGCAUCGGUGUCUUCUGUAGCGAUGGCUCUGGCUCUAGAGGCCUCAGGCUUUGAGAACUGAGGAACAUAUUCAGGUGACAGAACCAAUAAAACCAUUUGUCCACUGUAUUUAUUUCUCUUAAAGACUUUUUAAAAUUGUGUUUAUGUUAGGCAUGGUGGCUAUA